AUGGCGUCGGCACAACUACCGACAAAGUUUCCUUGCUGGUGCCGCGCAGUGUACUCCUGGGGUGGUGAAACCGAUAAAGACCUCGGUUUUGUGGAAGGCGACCUAAUUGAAUGUCUCAACGCGGGCGAUGGAUCGUGGUGGAUGGGUAGACUGCGGAGGGAUCGAAGAAUGAUGGGACUCUUUCCUUCGAACUUUGUCGUUAUCCUCGAAGAAAACUUCGUUCCCAUCAGCCGAUCAGUCAGUCCGUUGCCAGAGCUUCAGAAAACGGACAGUGCAGCACGAGCCGCAAAAGAGAAGCAGGAAAAGAAAGAGAGAGCAAGAUCAUGGAAGCCAUUCCAAGGGUACAAGACGGCGCAGACCCCUACAGGCUCAGCGAGCGCAUCGUCAGUUCAAAAAUCAGCGCCGCAGCGACAAUCCAGUCACAAUCCCGCCAAUCCUCCUUCGACUGUGCUAUGGCAACAGCGUCCUACAUCGAGAGGACCAUCAAGAACACCCUCGCCGAUGCCAGAAAAUGACAUUGGCUCAUCACCGCCUCCACCGCCCCCUCCUCAUAGGAGUGGUGUUGGUGAAAGUUAUUCCAGAGCGCCGUCACCCCAACCAGCGCUUGUUGAUCCAAGUCGGAUUCCAUCGCCGUGGCCCGCCGCAGUCGAUCCGCAUGAACUACACAUUCACCACCCGCGUACGCCAUCUCCCACACCUCCAACUCCCAAUGGACAUACUCCGCCGAUGAUUCGAGAUGCGAUGGACGAUGUCAUGAGCUCGCUCGAUGUAAUGACGCUGGAGCGCCAAAGCUCGUUUCGAGAAACCGAAGAGCCACUCAAUCCUUGGUCUCCGGAAGCCUUUGACAAUCUACGCCGAACUCAGCGCCCCCCUGCUCGACCACUUACAUCACUCGGCUUAGGUGCUGGGGGAAGUAGUUAUUCCGAACAACGUAUCAACUACAGCCAAAGACAUAACAGUCCGGAGCAGUACACUGAUGGUCCUCACCAGCUCGAGACCUAUGUUCAGCGCAUGGAGAGCAGGCUGCGACGGAUGCAAGAAGCACGAGAAGCGCAACCACAGGAAGGGAUGGGCAGUGACCCCCCGGAGCCGCCACCCAAGAACUCGCCGUUGCCGCCGUCUCAAGGUCGGCCGACUUCUGCCUUCAAUCGACGUUUUUCCAUGCGCAAGAGAAAAUCGGCUAUCGAUAUGAGAGCACAGAACCUUGACCGCACGUACACCACCAAGACCAAUUCGACCAAUUCAAGUGGCGUCCAGAGCGUCGCAACGAACUUCUCAACUCAGACGAGUAUGACCAGCCAAAGUGUUUUCAGCGGCUACUCUGCAGGGGGCUUCAGUGCGACGAGUGCUGGGAGCCUGGCGAGAAAGCGAAAUGCUAACGAACGACCUGUGACAAGCGCCGGCACUAGGUCGGAGCUGCCGUUCAGUCUUUCGAGACCCAAAACGCCAACUACUGGCUCGAUGUUCGCUGACGACGCACGAUCUGGGGCGCGGUCCGCAGUGGGCUGGGACGACGAGCAUCGAUCAAACAGCGGAUUGGGCGGGUUGAUGACACCCAAGGCCAAGAAGCAGGGCUUCUUCAAGAAACUGCUGGACAGUGCAAAGACUGGAGCCGCAAGCGCUCGAAGUACCAUCGGAACCGACUCUCGGAGCGGUGCUUCGUCGCCAACCAAGAUGACGGGCAUCGCUGGUGGUACAGCACUCGGCAUCAUGCACAAGAAGAACCAGAGCAUGUCAAAUCUGAGCUAUGGUCGAGAUGCCGCCAGCGAAAUGGGUCUCGGCGGCGGAGCUGGAACCGACUGGUUCAUCACCAGGCGCGAUAUAAAUCGCUCGAACACACCGGCGCCUUCUGAGCGCCAGGAGCGGGCCAAUCGUUGUCAGAUGCUUGACCAUCCAGUGAUCUGUCCGGUCGAAGAGCUUUACACUGAUCGGCAGGGUGACGAGGAUGCGGAAGGCCGUCCAGUCUAUGAGCCGUUUCAAUUGAGCAAUCCGAGUUUUAGCCAGGUCGAUAAAGCUGCAAGAUUCAUAACCAGCUUGCCCACGAGUAUCACUGCAGCAAUACUCGCAACCGGCUAUGUGUGUCGCCCGUACCGAAGUAUUGUGCAGCGACUACGAGCAAUCUUCAUCUGGUGUGCUGAAAGAAUUAGCUGGGAGGACGACGGCUUCGAUGACGGCUGUCAAACAGACACCAGGAGGGUCAUUCAGACCAAACGAGGAAGCAGCCGUGAAAUCGCUGUCCUCGUAGCGGAAAUGUGUGCUAGCAUUGGUGUGCCAGCAGAAGUUGUACAAGGCUACCUGAAGACACCUGGUGAAGAUAUGGAUCUUGAUGCUGUCGCAAGACCCAAUCACUUCUGGAAUACUGUUCUGGUUGACAACGAGUGGCGCAUGCUAGAUGCUAGCAUUGCAAGUCCGACCCACCCCAAACGCUCACAGUAUUCGGGAGUCAGCAACAGCAUAGCAGAGGCUUGGUAUUUCCUGGCUCGACCUUCUGAGAUGUGCUGGACUCACGUGCCUGUGGAUGAACAGCAGCAGCGCAUGGUUCCGCCUGUCAGCCCAGAUACGCUGCUUGCAUUGCCGGGCGCAUGCCCGUCGUUCUUUCGACUGGGGCUCAGCAUGCACGCUUACGAUACUAGCAUUAUACGGCUCGAAGAGCUUGAAGUGUGUACGAUCUCAGUCAAUGUACCCGCCGAUGUUGAGAUUGUCGCAGAGGUAGAAGCGAAGAGCUUCCUUCGAGACCAAGAAGGCGAUCUCUAUGAGGAUCCUGAUAACGUGAGCAAGAAAAGAAUUCUGGCCCAACCCGUAUGGUACCGAACCGUUCCCAACACCGAAAUCAGCCAGAAGCGGUAUAUGAUCAAAGCUGUCCUCCCAGGAGAUGAAGGACAGGGCGUGCUGAAAGUGUAUGCGGGAAAGAAAGGAUUGAUGCUCAGCGCUCGAGAUAUCGUGCACCCUCUGGCGCUUGCCGUCCCAAUCUACCACACAGGCAAGAAUCCUGCUUACGAUUUUGUGAAGCGGCACCCGACUCCUCAUGCAUCAAAACACGACCUGUACGUCGUCCAACCGCAAUGUUGGCGUCUCGGCGCCGGCGAAACGUAUGUUUUUUGCGUGCGCCAGAACCCAGCCAGCCCAGGUUCGUCCGGUGAGCAGAAUGCCCUGGACGGCGCCCGACCAGCCAGCCCGAACCCAUUAAUUCGACCUGCCAGCGCGAUGAGCAUGACGAGCAGCGCGGCAGGCAGUCAGCCGAGUGAACCAAGCACGAAUAGCCUAUCCAAUGGAACGAAGAUCAAGGAAAAGCCAGCCAAGCUUGCGAUUCAGAGUCCUGGAGGACGCAUUAUCCGAUUGAGUCGAAAGGCAGAAGGGCUUCCGCAGCAGACGGCGCUCAAGGAAAUCGACGGCGAGGUGAUGGGGAGCGUGUGGGAGAGUGUAGUGAAGGUACAGGAACGUGGCACGUGGCGUGCCCUGGUGUUGGCGGAUCGACAAGCCAGAUGGUGUGUGUGGGCGGAAUGGGAGUGUCUAUGA